UACAAAAGCAUAGUUUGAUUGACUAAUUCACAUCAAACAAGUACUUCGACAUGGCUUUCAAGUUUGUUUUUGUCGUAUUCGCCAUUGUUGGCUACCAAGUCAAUGCUGCUUGCUUCUUGCCACCUCCACCACCGGCUCUACCACCAUGCGUCUACCUUCCAGGACCCCCUGCACCUGAACCGUACCCACUUCCUGGUCCAGUAGCAUACCCAGCACCUGCACCUGUUCCAGUAGCUCUGCCAUGGCCUGCACCAGCUCCAGCACCCGCUCCUAUUGAAGUAGUACCAGCCCCAGCGCCUGUUGCAGUUCUACCAGCACCUGCUCCAGCUCCAGUUGUACCAGCACCCCUUCCCGCUCCCGCUGUGGCACUUCCAGGUGCACCAAUCGCUAUCCCCGGACCCGCCGCUCCAGCUAUUUCAUUAACCGGUGCUCCAACUCUGUCUCUGCCAACUGCAGCGGUCAGCUUCCCAUCUCUCCCAGCUCCAGUUAUUCCAGCUCCAAGCUCGGUGCCUUGCCCGCCAACCCCACCGGCCAAGAUCCACGAUCAGCCUGAUGUCGCUAUUCCGUUGGCUCUGCCCCCAAGCAUUCCAUUGGGAAAAUACUGCACCUGCCAGAAGUACUCCAUCAAGCCUACCGUAGUGCCAUGCUACUAAGAGGGUUGAUUUUUUGAUUCAAUAAAGAAUUUACGUAU